CUAGGGUUUUAGUUGCAGGCUUGAACGGAGAAGCCAUGGAUCUUCUUGCCAAGAGUUACACGGCAGAUGACGACGACGGGCGACAGCAUGAAGCAGAAGACCAAAACCUUGACAAUUCAUCGCCGGAUUCUUCCCCAACUCGAAUCGCUCUCCCCUCCAAAUCAUCCGCCCCCAAGGUCGACGACACCACGCUCGCUCUCGCGAUCGCCAAUACAAAUGACAAACCCAUUGACCCUAUCCAACACGUCGUCCCCUUCAAUCCCACCUACGACCAGCUCUGGGCUCCCAUCUAUGGCCCCGCCCACCCAUACGCCAAAGACGGCAUCGCUCAAGGCAUGCGCAACCACAAGCUAGGGUUCGUGGAAAACGCCGCUAUCGAGCCUUUCAUUUUCGACGAACAAUAUAACACGUUUCACAAGUACGGUUACGCCGCGGACCCGUCUGCUUCGGCGGGGAAUAAUUAUGUUGGGGAUCUGGAGGCGUUGGAGAAAAACGACGGUAUUUCAGUGUAUAAUAUUCCUCAGCACGAGCAAAAGAAGCGGAAGAUUGAGAAAAAGAAGGAAUCGGAGAGCGAGGAGAAUGAGGAUGUUGAUGCGGAGGAGGUUCAGAAUCCCGCUACUGAUACGUGGUUGUUGAAAAAUAAGAAGAGUCCGUGGGCGGGGAAGAAGGAAGGGUUGCAGACGGAAUUGACGGAGGAACAGAAGAAGUACGCCGAGGAGUACGCAAAGAAGAAGGGUGAGGAGAAAGGGGCAGCCGAAAAGGGCGAAUUUGUUACAGAUAAGAGUACAUUUCAUGGGAAAGAGGAGAGGGAUUAUCAGGGUAGGUCUUGGAUUGCACCACCCAAGGAUGCUAAGGCUACAAACGAUCAUUGUUAUAUACCAAAGAGAUUGGUGCAUACUUGGAGUGGACACACGAAGGGUGUGUCUGCAAUUCGGUUCUUCCCCAAGCAUGGGCAUUUGAUUCUCUCAGCUGGGAUGGAUACCAAGGUAAAGAUUUGGGAUGUGUUCAAUUCAGGGAAGUGUAUGAGGACUUAUAUGGGUCACUCAAAGGCAGUUCGAGAUAUUUCGUUUUGUAAUGAUGGGACUAAGUUUUUGACUGCUGGGUAUGACAAGAAUAUCAAGUACUGGGACACAGAAACUGGACAGGUGAUAUCCACCUUCUCAACUGGGAAGAUCCCUUAUGUUGUUAAGCUGAAUCCAGAUGAUGAUAAGCAGAAUAUCCUAUUAGCAGGGAUGAGUGAUAAAAAGAUUGUUCAGUGGGAUAUGAAUACAGGGCAAAUUACACAAGAGUAUGAUCAACAUUUGGGAGCGGUAAACACCAUUACAUUUGUAGACAACAAUAGGAGAUUCGUCACUUCUAGUGAUGACAAAUCUCUUCGUGUUUGGGAAUUUGGGAUUCCUGUGGUAAUAAAGUAUAUCAGUGAACCUCAUAUGCACUCCAUGCCAUCAAUUUCUCUUCACCCAAAUACAAAUUGGCUUGCGGCACAGAGUUUGGACAAUCAGAUUCUUAUUUAUAGCACUAGGGAGAGGUUUCAGCUCAAUAAAAAGAAGAGGUUUGCUGGUCACAUUGCGGCUGGCUAUGCUUGCCAAGUCAAUUUCUCACCAGAUGGACGGUUUGUCAUGUCUGGAGAUGGUGAAGGUAAAUGCUGGUUUUGGGACUGGAAGAGUUGCAAAGUCUUCAGAACACUCAAGUGUCAUGAAGGGGUAUGCAUCGGGUGUGAGUGGCAUCCUUUGGAACAAAGUAAAGUAGCAACAUGUGGCUGGGAUGGCUUGAUUAAGUACUGGGACUAAACCCAUUUCUGCUAUAUACUGCAAGGUGGUGCUAUCAGUUGAUCAACACCGACACAUUCAGUGAGAGGACCAGAGCAGCCUGUUUGUGCACUUGAACUUAUAUUGUGAAUGGGGUUUCUUUGCUAAAACUAAGCGCAGUCACCACAUUCAGAUUCUGAAACAGAAUGUAAAAUAUCUCCAUGUUGGCUGGGCUCACCUGACAUCUGCAAGUUCAUUUCAUUCUUCACCAUGUUAUCAAUUAAUGAUGUCAGGAUAAAUAUCAACAUGUAUCACAUUUUGAACUUGGCCUGUGUUGAUUGGGAGCUUUUUGCUGUCAAAAUGUGUUUCCAGCGCUUUAAGCAGUUUAUAAUUAGGCAAUUAGUUUUCCUCUCUUUCCAAGACUUCCGUUAGUGUCUGAAAUUCAGUUACAACCAACUUACAGGUGUUCACACCUGUUGUAACUGGAUGGUGAUAAAGUGCAAAUUCCUUUAGGACUAAUUUAUUAUUGUCAUUUGAGUGGUUAGCAUUUUUCUCAUUA